AUGGCCGCCCAAGUUCACAAUGCACCGCAAUUUGUAGCGUCGUCCUUCGCUCUGGCUGAGAGCUUGUCAGCUGCUACGACCACAACUGCCUCUCUCGUGGCCUCCUCUUCGAUCACCCCCACAGUCGAAACAGCAAUGCCGGGCCUUAUGGGACGCUUGCUCCUCUUUGUCUUUCAUACCAUCCCCAGCACCCUUUUCUUGGUGAUUGGCUUUGCGACAAUUACUCUGCCGACCUGGCUCUUUACGCUCUUUUCGAUGAGCCUGACGUUCACAAUGAAUUUCACAACAAUAUUAUUGAUUUUCGGCCUCUUCCUCUCAACCGUCAUCUGGUUCAUCCGGUAUCGCUACUUGAAUAUGUACAGCCGUCUACCGCCCGAGCCCCAACGCAAAGAACCGCAGAUCGACCUUUUUCCGGACAGCCAAGAAGGGGACUCGAAGCCGGGGCUCGCAAACUAUCUAGACGAGUUUUUGACCGCUAUCAAAGUCUUCGGAUACCUCGAGCGGCCGGUCUUUCAUGAAUUGACGCGAACAAUGCAGACGAGAAAGCUAAUGGCCGGGGAAACCUUAUUGCUGGAAGAGGAAAAAGGCUUCUGUUUGGUGGUGGACGGUCUGGUACAGAUCUUUGUGAAAUCAACACGCGAGAAUGGGCUUUCCCGAAACGUGAAUACGACCGCGGUAGAAGAUAGUGAUGAUGAGGAAGAGAAUCGUUAUAUCGCAGGACACCAGGGAUAUCAAUUACUUACCGAGGUGAAGAAUGGAGCCUCCAUGUCAUCGCUAUUCUCUAUCCUUACUCUGUUCACGGAAGAUGUACAUCUGCGGCAUGGCAGUGGUGAGGGCUCCGACAGCCAUUCUGGGGAGCAGACCAUUCCUGCGUCAAUGCCGGGUAGCCCGCAAGGUUUUGUUCAUAAUUCUCGACCGAUCUCACGGGAGAAUGGAGAUGGCCUGGGAGUUGAUUCAUUGUCCGCUGUACCCCCAUUGAACUUGGAAGAUAUCCACACCGGCACGGGGAAUAACUCGCCUAAGGAGCCAUCUCCACGGCACGGGCACCGUAAACAUGCAAAGCAAGAAUCCGUUCACCCAGAUAUUGUUGCUCGGGCAAUGGUAGAUACCACCAUUGCUAUUAUUCCGGCAAGCGCCUUCCGCCGUUUGACGAGAAUGUACCCUCGAGCUACCGCGCAUAUCGUCCAAGUCAUUUUGACUCGUUUACAGCGCGUUACAUUUUCCACUGCACACUCAUACCUGGGGCUGAAUACGGAAGUUCUCAGCAUUGAGAAGCUUCUCAACAAAUUCACUGCAUUUGACCUCCCAAACGAGCUAAGAGGGAGUGCACUCGAGAGAUUAAAAGACAAAUUCAGACAAGAGAGAGAACGAUUAGGUCCGGAUGAUGACAGCAAGGGAAUCGCCUUACACAACCCCAUUGCCAACCGUAGACGUCGGUCAAGUAGCUCCCUGCGGAAAGAUGCCGCUCUGCAUGUCAAAAUUGCCUCUUCAAGGCGUCAUUUGUCCAUGUCUCACGAACGUUCUGUGUUGACCCAACCCCAAGCUAGCGGUGUAAGUCCGGGUGAUCUACUAUCUACAAUUCAGCUUAAUCGUUAUGGAAACCGCCCUUUAUAUAACAGAGCGCCAUCGCAUGAACCAACAACACCUACUGGAGAAAUUGAAAGCCCUCUAGCUCAACUAGAGCGACCACCGUUCCGAGGACCUUCGAUGCAGAUUCCCAUUUCCCCAUUCACUCGGGACGACGCUGUUGAUGAGGACAGUCUGUUUCGAGACUCUAUUCUGCAAUGCAUGAUGAAAGGAAUCGGUCUUACAGCUAGCACUAGAGACGCGCUGCGGAAAGCUUAUGCUGGAGAACAAUCUCCAAGACUUGUUUCGUACGACUCACGACGACAAAAGGCUGUAUUCAACAACGCAUUUGGGUUCAUUGACCCUUACGACGAUGCUGAUACUGAAUCUAUGAUGUCCAUGUCAGCCACGAGUGCAGGCGGUACCUCUCCAAUUAACAGUCUCCGAGAAGAAUUGCGAAGCGAUAUUGAGAUAGUUUUAUUCCCUAAGGGAUCUGUUCUUGUCGAACAGGGCGAACGUCAUCCAGGGUUAUAUUAUGUUAUCGACGGCUUUCUAGACGUCGGAGUACCGGUUAAUGAUCGUGGUGAUGAUAUUAUGAACGGGCAACAUUCAUCAGAGGAAUUCUUCCCAGGUUUGCAAAGAACUACGACUAACACAUCUCGAGCUUCAAUUUCCGAUGCAAGACGCAAAAGAUCGUCCAGGCGGUCUCUUUACUUGAUAAAGCCCGGUGGCAUGCAGGGAUAUGUUGGUUCUGUUGCAUCAUACCGGUCUUUCACCGAUGUCAUCGCAAAGACAGAUGUAUAUGUUGGAUUCCUUCCUCGCGCGACUCUCGAGCGCGUUGCAGAGAAAUCUCCCAUUGUUCUAUUGACUUUGGCCAAAAGGCUUACUAGCGUAUUACCACGUCUGAUUUUGCAUAUUGAUUUUGCUUUGGAGUGGGUUCAGGUCACUGCUGGUCAGGUUAUUCAUCACCAGGGUGAUGAAAGCGAUGCCAUCUACAUCGUACUCAAUGGACGACUUCGAUCUGUUCUUGAGACUCCUGGUGGCAAGAUUCAAGUUCUGGAUGAAUACGGACAGGGCGAGAGUGUUGGGGAGCUCGAAGUAAUGACUGAGUCAGUACGGCCAGCUACACUGCAUGCAAUUCGAGAUACCGAGCUAGCCAAGUUCCCUCGCUCGCUUUUCAAUAGCCUUGCCCAAGAGCACCCAGGGAUUACGAUACAGAUCUCGAAACUCAUUGCCCAACGCAUGAGAGAUCUAGUUUAUAAUCCACUGUCAGAAAAAUAUACACCGCCCAGUGAAAUUGCCACUGCGAAAACUGCUACAUCGAAUAUCAACAUGCGCACCGUCGCCAUCUUGCCAGUGACUGCUGGUGUACCUGUGGUUGAGUUUGGAAAUAGGCUACUCACUGCUUUCAAUCAGGUUGGCGUGACAAAUGGAGUGACAUCCCUCAACCAAGCAGCUAUCCUAAACCAUCUCGGAAGACAUGCCUUCAGCAAGAUGGGUAAGCUCAAGUUAUCACAGUACUUGGCUGAUCUAGAAGAAAAGUAUGGGAUGGUAGUAUACAUCGCCGACACAAAUGUGAACUCACCAUGGACACAAACAUGUAUUACCCAAGCCGAUUGCAUCCUACUAGUGGGGUUAGCAGAAGGCUCGCCUAGUAUUGGCGAAUACGAACGCUUCCUACUUGGCAUGAAAACGACUGCACGUAAAGAACUUGUGCUUCUUCAUGCCGAACGCUAUUGCCAUCCGGGACUAACGCGACGAUGGUUGAAAAACCGCAUGUGGAUCAACGGUGGACAUCAUCAUGUCCAAAUGUCAUACCGCCUUACUACCGAACCUGCGCAUCCCCAAACAAAGCGAUUUGGAACAGCAUUGAAACAGCGCGUACAGGUUAUACAAGCUGAGAUUCAGAAAUACACGUCUCGACGUAUCCAUCAAACCUCGUUAUAUUCUCAACAAACCCCCUUCAAAGGUGAUUUCCAUCGGUUGGCACGUCGUUUGUGCGGAAAAUCUGUCGGUCUUGUUCUGGGUGGAGGAGGAGCACGCGGUAUUGCCCACAUCGGCGUUAUCAAAGCAAUUGAAGAGGCUGGGAUUCCCAUCGAUAUCAUUGGCGGAACAUCAAUUGGGUCGUUCAUUGGAGCCCUUUAUGCCCGCGAUGCAGAUGUCGUUCCUAUGUACGGCCGCGCAAAGAAGUUCGCCGGCAGAAUGGGCAGCAUCUGGCGAUUCGCCUUGGAUUUGACAUACCCUGCAGUAUCGUAUACUACUGGACACGAAUUCAACCGUGGCAUCUUUAAAGCCUUUGGGGACAGUCAAAUCGAAGACUUCUGGCUCGAAUUCUACUGCAAUACCACAAAUAUUAGCAAAUCCCGCAACGAGUUCCACUCUUCAGGAUACGUCUGGCGAUAUGUCCGGGCCUCAAUGUCUUUAGCCGGUUUGCUACCACCACUGUGCGACGAAGGCAGCCUUCUCCUUGAUGGCGGUUACGUGGACAACUUGACAGUCGCACACAUGAAAAGCCUAGGGGCCGACAUUAUCCUCGCCGUCGACGUCGGGUCGCUCGAUGACAACACACCCCAGGACUACGGCGACACCCUCUCCGGUUUCUGGACGUUCAUCAAUCGCUGGAAUCCGUUCUCGGCCGUACCAAAUCCAAUCACCCUUAGCGAAAUCCAGGGUCGUCUCGCCUAUGUGUCCUCAGUAGACAGUCUCGAGCGUGCCAAAAUCAUGCCUGGAUGUCUCUACAUGCGGCCACCCAUCGACCCCUAUGGAACACUGGAUUUCGGCAAAUUUGACGAGAUUUAUGAAGUCGGUUAUGCGUACGGAAAAUCGUUUUUGGAGAAGCUGAAGAAUGAAGGGGCGUUGCCGGUUGCAGAGGAAUCGACGGAGGAGAAGAAGUUGAGGAGAACCAUGGCACCAAGGAGGGCUAGUAUUUGA